GAACCUUUAAAGCUACGCAGACUGGCAUGCCAGAUGUACUAAUGAUAGCUAUAUCCAUUAAUUUUUAAUAUAGACGUUGUUUAAAUGUAUAACAGAACCCCAGGAAACGUUAUUCGCGGCCGUUCCUUUCGCACAUGUUGAAAACCUUCAGUGCGCUAGCAAGAUUUACGUGCCAUUGCGCCAUAACGUAUCAGCCAAUAAGGAGCAGAUAAAUUUCCCCGCUUUGCUUUUUCAAUUCAUAGCCUACCAAAGCUUAGCUGUUAUUCUCUCCAGCAAACCCAUAAUGUCAGUACUUGCAGCAGAAAGAAAAGUUGCCAUUCAAGCAGUCCUUCAAGCAAGCAAGGUGUGCCAGUCAGUCUUCAAGAAUCUUGUCUCCGGCGAAACUAUCACAAAGAAUGAUAAGUCACCAGUAACUGUUGCCGACUUUUCCGCUCAGGCUGUGGUCAACACGUAUUUAGGCGAGCAUUUCCCUGAGGACCCUAUUGUUGGAGAGGAGGACUCAAAGGAUUUGCGUGACGAUGCAGGAAAGGCUUUACGUGAAAAGGUCCUUGAGCUUACUAAUGGCGUUUUUAGCGAGUCCGAGAAGCUGAGUGAAGACAAACUCCUGGAAGCCAUUGACCGAGGCAACUAUGCCGGUGGUGCUACUGGUCGUCAUUGGGCUCUCGACCCUAUUGAUGGUACUAAGGGUUUCUUGCGUGGUGGACAAUACGCCGUUUGCCUUGCCCUUAUUGUCGACGGUGAGGUGCAAUUGGGUGUCAUGGGUUGCCCUAACCUGCCCGUUGAUGCCUCCAAGCCUGAUGGUCCUCGUGGUUCUUUGUUCAUUGCUGUCAAGGGACAAGGCGCCUUCCAACGCGCCUUCAGUGAUACCAACGAGACACCUAUCAAGUUCUCAGAUAUUAACUCCACUCAACAAGCAACCUUCUGCGAAUCUGUGGAGUCAGGUCACUCUUCACAUAGCGACUCUGCACAAAUCGCUCAAUUGUUGGGAAUCACCCGCGAACCUGUUCGUAUGGACAGUCAAGCCAAGUACUGCUCCAUUUCUCGCGGUGAUGCCGAUAUUUAUCUUAGACUUCCCACCAGUGCUACCUACGUUGAAAAGAUCUGGGAUCAUGCUUCCGGUUCUUUGUUGGUAACUGAGGCUGGUGGCGCCAUCUCUGAUGUGAACGGUAACAAGCUCGAUUUUUCCGUCGGUCGCACUCUUGCCAAGAACAAGGGAGUGAUUGCUUCCAAUGCUAGCAUUCAUGAACAAGUACUCAAAGCAGUGCAAACCGUCUUGUCCAAGAAGCAGUAAUUUCUUAAACAUUGAUAAAGAUUAUACAUAUAUAAAAGUAUCUCAUUCGAGAGUCCGAAUGCUCUCCGUGUAUAUCUUUGUUUGCAAUUUGUAAAAAAGAAAAAAAAAUGUGAACGGUCAGGGUAUAUAAAGUAAAGAGACUGGAAGAAAAAACAUGGA